AUGUCUUCAACUCCUCUUCGCAUCGGCUUCGUGCCAGAGCACUUCUCGACUCCCCUCUAUUUUGCUCAGAAGCACUUUGGUCUCGAUGCCACUCUGAUUCCCUUUCCUUCCGGCACUGGCCACAUGGUCACUGCCAUCCGCGCCGGAGAGAUUGACGUUGCUAUUGGUUUGACUGAGGGCUGGAUUGCCGGUCUUGGCAAGGAGGGUGUUGAGGGCGAUGGCGGAUACCGUCUGGUUGGCACCUAUGUUGAAACUCCCCUCUGCUGGGCCAUCUCCACGGGAGCAAAGCGUCCCGAGAUUACAUCCGUCGGCUCUCUCAGCGGCCGCAAGAUCGGUGUCUCCCGGAUCGGCUCCGGCAGCUACGUGAUGGGCUUCGUCCUCGCUGACCAGCAAGGCUGGCUCACCCCCGGCGCAGCAGAGAAGCCCUUCUCCGAGACGGUGGUGCUCAAUAACUUUGAGAACCUCCGCAACGCUGUCAACAGCGGCGAGGCCGACUUCUUCAUGUGGGAGCACUUCACCUCCAAGAAGUUCUACGACUCUGGAGAGAUCCGUCGCGUCGGCGAGAUCUAUACCCCCUGGAGCAGCUGGAAGAUUGUCGCCUCCACGAAGCUGACCCAGGGUGGCCUGGACGCCCGUGUGAGCGACCUCUUUGGGAAGCUGGACCAGGGCAUUGCCCACUUCAACGCCAACCAGGAGGAGGCUGUCGCCUACAUCUCGAGCAGCCUGGGUUACACCGAGCCUGAUGCUCGCGAGUGGCUCAAGACGGUCAAGUUCCCGACCAAGACUGAAGGUGUGGCGGAUGAGGUGGUCCAGAACUGUGUUUCCAUCUUGAGAAAGGCUGGAGUUCUCGCCAAGGGCAAGGGCAUGGAACCUGAAACCAUGGUUUUCAAGUCAUGA